GUAUUUGGAACUGUGGUCGAGUGAGGGUGUAGUGGGCGAUGUGAGGAACAGUCAUCCUGUUUACACUCCUCGAGUGUGUUUCAGUGAUGACAUUAAGACAAAUUCAUAUGAGGGGACUCUGCUUGUCCUUGCCGUGUGUUGUCAGUGAAAAAUAGUUACCCGCCGAGGAUAUCAAUACACAUAGAAAAACUCUUUGAGGAACGCGAGGCUGACUGGAAGAGUGGAGCGUGUAGUGGAGGUGGUUAUGAGAAGACGACGUGGACCGUGUCCCAGUGGACCAGCCCUGCCUCUCCAUGGACCACCCACUACCAUGGUGGUGUCAGUGAAGGGUGUCGGGCGCGGCGAGCAGCGGGGCGGGGCGGCAGGUGACCCCCGCUGACCCAACUUGACCCUCAACCAUGCGGACUCUCACAUACAGCUGGAUCGGACUGUCGGCGGCCGCGCCCCUCAUCUUCCUGAUGUGCGCCUGGGUGCUGGGGGUCUUCCACUCUUACCGCCGCCAGUGGCGCUCCGUCGAUCUCUUCCUGCUGGCGGUGUUCGUGCAGGAGCUGCUGGUGGCGCUGCAGGUGUUCGCUUACGCUCUCCUCAGCCUCAUGAGACCUGAGUCUUCGGCCGCGUGCGGCGCUUUCGUCUGGAGUCUGAGCGCUACGAGGACCCUACAGGCGGCCACUGUGGCCUCGCUGCUGGUGGACCGAGCCCUCACCAGCCAAUGGCCCUACAAGUACCGGUUCAGCGUGCGGCGUCACCAGAUCCGCUACCACCUGGCGGUGCUCGCAACCAUCGCUGCCUUGGUGGGUGUGGCCGCCAUCUUGGCUCGUCCGGCCGAUGCGCCUGACGCGUUCGAACACUGCAGUUUCCUGCCGCACGCCCUACACGUGCGCCUCUCCCUCUUCGUGUUGAGUGUGUACGGGCUGCUGGUGGUGGCUGGGGGAGUGAGCGUGGGCGUGGUGCAGGCGGGGCGAGGGUGUAGCGACCCUACCCCGGCGCCCUCAGACAUGGCGCCCAUCACAGCCACCACCACCUCCUCCACCAGCUCUUCCAGCGGCGGUGGAGGCCGCCAGGGCACUGCCCUCCACGCAGCCGCCUCCUCGGCCUCAACCACCUCCUCUAAUGCAUCGUCUGCCCGCAUGGGUGGCGUCCCCGGCGCCAUGCACGCCGCCUCCUCCACCUCGGAUUUGGUGCCACCUCCGCCACCCCACCGGCCGCCGCCCGCGCUACCCUGUAGGACGCACAAGGGCGUGGGCGUGAACAGAAGUAGCGGGGCGGCCCGCACGCCCGCGUCAGACUUUCGCUGGGGUACAACCCUGGCUGUAGCAGCACUCUGCUUCCUCGUCAACCACUUCCCUUACAUGGGACUGACUGUCGUGGGGACCUUCCUACCGGGAUACUUACCAGGGUGGCCCGUGGAGAACAUGGCUCUCUGGCUCUCCCUGGCCGAGGGGCUCCUGCUGCCGCUGGUCUUGGGUCUCGUGGAUGCCACCUUCAGCGAGGCGGCCGGGUCGUCCUGCUCCAGGAAUAAGCCUCAGCCGCACAAGUACGACGAUGGCGACGGGCCUUUCCGGUUGUUCCCGAAGGAAGAAGUCAAGUCGUUCCCCCUGACGAACGGUUCUCUCUUCUCCUCUCUGCUCAACAUGAGCGUCGACAACCCUUCCCAGAUCCUGCCCUCCUACAGACGAGGUGGAGGAGCUGGGAUGAAGAUGGGCGUGUCGUCGCAAGAGAUCCGUGGCCUUGUGGGAACGGGAGCACCAGCAGGCCUCAGGGAUCCCUAUGGUCCUCCUUACUUCCCUCGGGAACCCACCGAGUCCUUAGGCUCAGCCGCUACCAGCAGUCAAGACCCCAUCUACUCCGACCCCCUCUCUAAGGUCGGAAGCGUUGACAGUUCACUGAAAGAGGAUCAUAUUUAUGCUACACUCUCGGAAACCUUUGGUUCCAUGUCAUCCCUCAGCGAUGGUUAUCUGGGGGACGACCAGCGCUGCGCCUCCGUCACCACUGUGGCCAACGACGAUUUUGAGUUCCACGACCCUCGUGCCACGGUGACUCCCGAGCCCGUGCGCUACACCGCUGAGAGCAACAACUUGGCAGACACUUGCACCAUGGCCAUUGCAAACCGACCACCGGCCAAGCUACCGCCAGAGGCUCACCUUUCCGCCCCUGAAGAUGUUUACCAUCUCUCGACUAACACAGACUCCUCGACUACAUACUCUGUCGCCUCAUCCUUCAGGUCUUCGUGUUCUCAGGUCACGGCGACGGUAGAAAACGACACCAGUUACAUUAAGGAUGAUAAAAAAGAUGAUAGCGAUAAUCCACCAGAAAUUGGUUUUUACAAUACUGGUUUCGAAUGCGACACUUUGGAAUUGAAAAAAGAAUAUUUUCGAGAUCGUGGACCGGUAGACAGCUUGGAUCUUCGUCUGAGCAAGGAGAGAAAAGAGAAGACCAGUGACGGAACACUGUCUCGCAAGCAUCGUUCGUCUUCACUGUCUAUGAACGAUCUAGAUCGCCUCGACACUAACCCCGAGAAAGAAGAGGAAAUGAUGUUCAUUCUUCCUGUUAAAAGUGAGUCGAUGUUGAGCCUCUAUCGUCUUUAUCUAGCUGAAGACGAGGCUGGCACCAGCCUACACUACUCUGUUGAAGUGUCACGCUCUGAGGGUGACCUGUCUGUCCUCGAAGCCGUCGAGAACUGUGCGGUCGGCGAAGGCAAGAGCGAGAGCGCUUUGCACGAAGUGUAUCAGAAACGCCGAGUUCCGGAAACCACGGGAAGUCGUGUCAAGCGACAGCACAAGAUCCAGCGCGCCAAGGGAAUGCAACAGCGGGCCAGGAAAACUCCAACAGCAACCUCAGUGAGCAACCACACCAGCGUGCUGAGCAACACUGGAACUGUCAGUAAUGGGAUGCAGGUGGCUGUUAUGGAUAAAACUCGUAGGAGAAAUGGCAUAAUUACUAUUCAAGACCCGUCUGUGCUGUCCGUAGAGGAACUGUUCCGCGUGCUGGACCGAGCGUCGUGCACGCCGGCCGCACCUUACACGGACUCCGGUGAUCCUGCAAACUCCCCGCUCCCGGCACCAGCGCAGCGCACGGAACCUGAUUUUAAGAAGAUAUUCGUUAGCGAAUAUUUGUAAUAACUUUCCUUAACACAAUAUUAUGUUACUUGUGAACACAUUUUUUUUUUACAAACAAUUAAUAGUGACAGUAAAACAUAAUACGAGUGUAUGAAAAAUGACUCAUUAUAGUUACAUUGUGAAUUGCAUAUAGACCACGGUACCGUGCAUGACAGUAUUAAAAUACAUAAACGCCUUUCUGUAUAUUGUUGAUAUAAGUAUUGUGUGGAGAACUCGUAGCUAAAAUGUGUAUGCUUUAAAAGGUGAACUGAUGUGUGUGUUGACACCUGCUGAUGUUAAAAAAAAAAUUAAACACAAACUGGAGACACCCAACUUGUGAAGAUUUCCAGCCUGUCAAUAUAAAGCCUAGUGAGUGGAAAGCUCACCUCGGGGCAUCUGAACACACAUUUGAAGGCUGUACAGUGCAAUUAUAUGCAGCAACUUGCACAUAUCCAGGGGAAAGCAAAAUGUUGGUAAUAACAAGUAUUAGCGGCCAGUGAUAAUUCCAGAGUCGUGGAAAACUCUUAAUAUAAGCAUGAUUCUUGCGCCCACGGUCAUGCAAGACUGGAAGAUGGCCACCAGUGUUGACCCAAGGGUAUGCAAGACUGCAGCAUGGCCAUCAGUGUUAAUCCCAUGGUCAGGCAAGAAUGAAGCAUACCAGGGUCCAGUAAUACCGAAGCAGGGCCCAUGGUAGAUUGCUGCUUCAUUCGGGCCAAUUAACCCCACCUACAACUGCUUACAUUCUCCUACUCUCGCAUUCUCAAGACCUUUUCAUACUCAUGAAAUGUAUAUAUAUAUAUAUAUAUAUGAUAAUGUAUAGACGCUCUUCUCUACAGAGAUUAAACUUUCAGAUUUUUAUGAAAAUAAUUCAGAGUUCUUCUCUAUUCUUUUGUUACUAUUCAAUACUCGUAGGAUGUGUAUAUAUUGUAUUUGAUCCCACUUUCAGUACCUUGAUGAAGUCACUUAAUGCUACGUUAAGAAAAUACUGGAUCCAGCUCAUACCCUAUCCAUGCGAAUCCUAGAUCGAACUCACACCCCGUCCAUGGGAAGUAGAAUCCGUGUGCUGUCCCACUUUACUUACUGAAGUCUAGGGUCGUGUGUUUAAUUAUUCCCAAGGUUACGGUAAAAUAAUUCUGAGCUCUUAAAGUCAAUUUCAAGCCAUGAAACUAAUUAAAUUAUGUCACGAAUCUUAAUACUAAUUAAAAUACACAUUUUUUGGGUUCGGAAUUUCAGGGUAGAAUUGGUUUUUCAGAAAGUCAGAUUAUAGACAAUGAUAGUAGUGCGUAAGCUUCUUUACGUUUUAUUUUCGGAUUAUACGCAAACGUUCAGAACUUGUAUGCUGUAUGACCCUAGUGUGUUUAUCGCUUGGUUUUGAUUAAAUAAUAAUCAGAAAUUGUACCUUCCGGAUAAAUAUCUGUUAAGCAAACCAGUUUUUUGGUAACUGAAACCUUGUUGUUAUAGAAAUAAUUAGAUGAGGGGUCAUUACUGAUAGGUGGAUACUCCCUGAGCUUUGGGAGGGAGAUGGUGGAUGUUCUCUCCGCUGGGGAGCUGAGAGAAUGGAUGCUAUCUGAGCUGUAGGGUGGAGAUGGAUGCUCUCUCAGCUGUGAGGUAGAGAUGAUGGAGGCUCUUAGCUUUAGGGUGGAGAUGAUGAUGAUAAAGGCUCUCUCUCAGCUGUAGAGUGAAGAUGAUAAAGGCCUUCUCAGCUGUAGGGUAGACAUGAUGGAGGCUAUCUCAGCUGUAACGUAGAGAUGAUGGAAGCUGCUUCAGCUGUGGGCUCAUUGUAGAAGUGAAGCUGAUGCGAUGCUCUCUCACUCAGCUAUCGAGUGGAGCCGUUGGCACCACCUUGGUGUUACCUGCUGCUCAUGUUGGCACCACCUUGGUGUCACCCGCUACUCAUAUUGGCACCACCUUGGUGUCACCUGCUGCUCAUGGCACCACCUUGGUGUCACCCGGUUCUCGUAUCGUUGGCACCACCUUGGUGUCACCCGGUGCUCAUGUUGGCACCACCACGAUGCCACUUGGCGUCUCCUAGGUCAGAUCUGUGUACAUAUGCCUUAUUACACAUAACAUCAUUUCUAGUAUGUGCGUCUGUGUGUUUAAAUACCUGCAUUUUCGUAACAUAUGUGAUUUUUUCUUUCUGAUUUAUAUACAUAUAACUUAUUUACUAUAUAUGUUUCUCCGCAUGCAAUUCAAUUCAUGAUGUGAAUUUAUACGUUAAAUCACUGUACAAAACAAAAUAAAUUUUCAGGUAUA